AGAGCUCAAGCAUGGAGCCGAAUGUAGCUGCAGAGCGGCGGCGGUCCUACGGUAUCGGUGGCGCAGGCAACAUGAGGUUCGCUACAGAUGUGGCUAAGCUUGAAGUUACACCAUCGAACAGCAGCAGUGAGAGUGUGUCGUACCAUCUUCCUAGUGGAGCAUUUAGGCACUGAUGACGAGACAGGUCAACAGCGGCGCAGGAGCAGCGCAUGGUCAAUGGGCUCAAGCCCCGACAACGGUCAAUCGUUCGUUGACAAGCUCUUGAGGAGAGGAUCGAAGUCCGAAACAAGCACGAAGUAAUUUGCUACUGUACGUCUCCAUCCAAUCGGAAUGUGUUUGAGCAUUUGUGAACGUUUCACCCUCAUAACCUCUACAAUUCCACCCUUCUCUC